AUUCAUCUGUUUUUUUUGUGCUGAGUGCAAUUUGCAACAAGCUUUCUUUCCUUUGUUAGGAAAUUCGAGAUAGGAAAUUCGAGAAAGACAUCUCAUCUGUUAGAGAGAUGUGCAAAUUAAUGUACUGGACCCAUAAUUAAAGUCGUGUAGGUGGGGAUGUGAGGAGAGAGGAAAUGAGCAGUAAGUUAUUAUAGAUUCAAUCAUCUUUUUUUGUGUGAUUGCAAUUUGCAACUAGCUUUCCUUUGUUUUCCUACUGAGAAAGAAGAUAUCUGAAAAAAAAUGGCUUACAAUCUUCAACCUCUCAUCACCAUUCUCGAAGGAAUCCUCGAUCCUCACCAACCACGAUGGAUCGUUAAUGAAAACAACCCUCAACUCCAAUCCCUCCUUGACAAAGCUACUUCUCUUCAAAAGCUCCUUGAUAGUAAAUCUUCAUUCACCAAACUAGACACCCAAAUAAGAGAAGUAGCACAUCAAGCUGAAGACAUCCUUGAAUCCCACAUGGUUCAUCACAUGCUCUCCGGAUCUGAUUGCUUCAUAUUCACUUUGGCCACACCAGAUCUACACCAAGUCACACAAGAUCUUGAUUUGGUUAUAGAGAAAGCGGAGAAGCUCGUGGAGAUGGAGGAUAAGAAGAUGCUUCCAGAACUUGAUUCUGUUAUGGAACAAGUGAAGCUCGUGGAUAAGAAGAUGCCGUCUAGCAGUUCACCAUCCAGUGUUUUGGUGGGAAUUGAAGAAGAUCUGAUGCAACUCAAGGAUCGGCUGACCGGGAUGCGGACAAAGCUGGAGAUCAUCCCCAUCGUUGGUAUGGGUGGUGUAGGUAAAACCACUCUCGCUCGAAAGCUUUAUGAUGAUCCUUUGAUUGUUGAUCACUUUGCAUAUCGUGCUUGGACCACAGUCUCACAAGAUUACAAUAUGCCACAAAUUCUCAUAAGCCUUCUUAGUUGCAUAAUCAAAAAAGAAGAAUUUGAUCAACAUAAGGAAAAGGGAAUACAUGAGAUAAAAGAUAUGUUGUAUAAGAGCUUGUAUGGCAGGAAGUACUUGAUUGUAUUAGAUGAUAUAUGGAGCACUAAAUUCUGGGAUGAGAUUAGGAUGUACUUCCCGGACAACAACAACGGGAGUCGCAUUGUGAUCACCACUAGGGAAAUUGAUGUGGCGAACUAUGCUGACUCUUCGAGUCCACAACAUCAGGUUCGGUUGCUUAGCGAGGCUGAAAGUUGGAAUCUGCUUCGCCAUCUUGUGUUUGGAGAAGAGGGGUGUCUUCUUGUAUUACAUGAGAUUGGUCAAAAGAUCGCCAAGCAUUGCGGUGGGCUUCCUCUAGCCAUCCGUGUGAUUGGAGGGCUGCUAUCUAAGAUGGAAAGAUCAGAAGACGUUUGGAGGAAAAUUGGAGACAAUGUAAUAGCAGCAAUUUCUGGAUCAGAUGAGAAAUUCUCUAGUAUAUUGUCUUUAAGUUAUAACCACUUGCCGAAUCACUUGAAACCAUGUUUUUUAUACAUGGGAGCUUUCCCUGAAGACUACGAGAUUUUAGGCUCCACACUCGUGUAUGUGUGGAUUGCAGAGGGAUUUGUAAAAUCAAAUGGGGAAAGAAGUUUGGAGGAAGAAGCUGAGGAUUGGCUAAAGUCUCUAAUAGAGAGAAAUCUAUUUAUGGUUAGUAAAUACGAAAAGAAUGGAAAACCAAAGAGCUACAACAUGCAUGAUAUGUUGAGGGAUCUGUGCAUCAAGAAAUGUGAUGAAGACAAGUUUCUGUAUGUGAAGAAUGAUCCCAAUGUCGCAUUCUCUAAUCCACGGCGAGUGAGGAAUGACAAAUCAGCUAAUAUGGAGUAUGUUGAUGAUUCAACAGUGCUCAUGUCACUUACUCGAUCUGCUAUAUGCAUUGGUUCUAGCUACAAUCAGCUACCAUUUGGUGUCUUUUCUGCGUCAAGAUUGCUUAGGGUAUUGUAUUGCAUUGAUUUCAAUCUCAAUGAGUUCCCAACUGAAAUAUUUGAAUUUGUCAACUUACGCUUCUUAGUUGUUGACGACCAUUUAAAUAUACCUAGAGGAAUAUCAAGACUGCGGAAUUUGCAAACCUUGAUUGCUCUUGAUUGCGAGAUUGAUGUGCCGUCUGAGCUUUGGCAGCUCUCUGAGUUAAGAAAUGUCAAGGUGGCAGGAUUAGAGUUGUUAAAAGAUGAGGAAAUGAACUAUAGUGUUAUGAAGAAUCUGCAAAUGAUUUCAUUCACGAGUCUAACUGAAGAGGAAUCAAGUUGGGAUGGUUUCUUCAAAAGCAUACCAAAUAUCAAAAGGUUGGCAAUUGAUGAUAAAUUCCGAAGGGAAUCCACGAUAUUUGAUCUUAGCCAUCUUCACAAACUCGAAAUAUUAAAAUGCAGGUGUAUCGAAACCAUAGACAGAAAACUAGUUAUAUUUCCUUGUCAUAUCAGAAAACUAGUUCUGGAUGGGUGUACAAUGAAUUCAAGAGUGUCGACGACUCUGUGUGCACUACAUAAGCUGGAAGUGCUCACGAUAAGGUAUUGCACAUUUGAGAGUGAUAAGCUGACAUGUGAAGGAGAAGAAGGUGAAGAAGAAGAAGGAGAAGGAGAAGAGUGGAAGGUAGCAGAUGACCAACUUCCCUGGACUUCGCCACCUCUAUGUAAAACACUGUUGGAAUCUAAAGGAAAUCCCUUGCAGCAUUGGUGAAAUCCCAACACUCCAACUAAUCGAGUUAGAACUGUGCCCCAAAUCCGUAGUGGCAUCAGCAGAAAGGAUUGUGGAGGAGCAAUCUGAAUACGGCAACGAAGAUCUCAAACUUCGUAUCUCAAACACCAUCAAUUGAUGAUCACACUUAUAAAAGUGUAAGGAGUCGGAUGCUACGAGCUUUUUAUCCUCAGGUGGCGUGUCGGGAGACUAUGGAACGAGCCAGCACGCCGCAACUCCCUCUUUCUUGACUUCCCAACACUUUUGACUUGCUGUGUCUUCAACUUUCUUCACUGAACUUUAUUUAUGUCUUUGAUCAUCUUGUGUUGUGCGUAACACUACUAUUAUAAGAUGAUUUUCUUGAA